AUGCCUACCAGAUUCACAAAGACUAGAAAGCACAGAGGUCACGUCUCAGCCGGUAAUGGUCGUAUCGGUAAGCACAGAAAGCACCCUGGUGGUAGAGGUAGAGCCGGUGGUCAACACCACCACAGAAUUAACUUGGAUAAAUACCAUCCAGGUUACUUCGGUAAGGUCGGUAUGAGAUACUUCCACAAGCAAAACGCUCAUUUCUGGAAGCCAGUCUUGAACUUGGACAAAUUAUGGACUUUAGUUCCAGAAGAAAAGAGAGAUGAAUACAUGAAAUCCUCUUCUAAAUCUGCCGCCCCAGUUAUUGACACUUUAGCUGCUGGUUACGGUAAGGUUUUAGGUAAGGGUAGAAUUCCAAACGUCCCAGUCAUCGUCAAGGCUAGAUUUGUUUCCAAAUUAGCUGAAGAAAAGAUCAGAGCUGCUGGUGGUGUUGUUGAAUUGAUUGCUUAA